AUUUUCUGGGCAAUAAGAAAAGCCCGAAAGCUUUUUCUUUCUUAUCAUAUCAUCGUCUACCCACAGAAAGGAAGGAAGAAAGAAAGACCGAUAUUUUCCCAUCUGAAUAUAAAACCGCUGAUUUGCUCCGCGACUUCAUUUGGUUUCGGUUUCUCUUUUCUCUGUGAAAUUCUAAGGUGCUCUAAUGGCGGAACCAGUGGUGGUAGAUGCUGCGUACCUCAAGGAGAUAGAGAAAGCUCGUCGAGACCUUCGCGCUUUAAUCUCCAGCAAGAACUGUGCUCCUAUCAUGCUUCGCUUGGCGUGGCAUGAUGCUGGAACUUAUGAUGUUAAUACGAAGACUGGAGGCCCUAAUGGCUCGAUUAGGAAUGAGCAUGAGUUGAGCCAUGGCGCAAAUAAUGGCUUGAAGAUUGCAAUUAAUUUUUGUGAGGAAGUGAAGGCCAAACAUCCAAAGAUUACGUAUGCUGAUCUCUACCAGCUUGCUGGAGUUGUUGCAGUUGAGGUCACUGGAGGCCCUACUAUUGACUUUGUUCCCGGAAGAAAGGAUUCGCUGGAGUCUCCUGAAGAAGGACGCCUUCCGGAUGCUAAACAAGGCGUUCCCCACCUAAAAGACAUCUUUUAUCGCAUGGGUCUAUCUGACAAGGAAAUUGUGGCCCUUUCUGGAGGCCACACAUUGGGCAAGGCGCAUGCAGAUCGAUCAGGCUUUGACGGUCCUUGGACAAGAGAGCCCUUGAAGUUCGACAAUUCGUACUUUGUGGAGCUACUGAAAGGAGAAUCAGAGGGACUGUUGAAGCUUCCCACAGACAAUGCAUUACUGGAGGAUUCCGCAUUCCGUAGCUACGUUGAGCUAUACGCCAAGGAUGAGGAUGCAUUCUUCAAAGAUUACGCAGAAUCGCACAAAAAACUAUCGGAGCUAGGCUUCACUCCACCCUCCGCUGGCCUCAAGGAAGCUGUAAGAAGCAGCGCAAUAUUGGCGCAAAGUGCUGUUGGAGUUGCUGUGGCUGCAGCUGUGGGGAUCCUGAGUUACUUCUAUGAAGUUCAUAGGAAAGCCAAGUGAUCAUCAACCGGACUCGUCAAGUAUUAUUAGAAACAUUCAGUAAAAGCAAAAAAAAAAAAGAAAAAAAGAAAAAGAAAAAAACAUGUUUCAUGGACCAAUCAAAUAAGUCCUUUUCUUUAUUCUUGUUGUAUUCUUCAUUGGACUUGUACCACAAGAAGUUACUUAACAUGACACGUAAAAAAGAUGCAUUUGUAGCUUUCGUUCUGAAUUUGGAAUAAAACGACGAGGUCAGUGAACAUACAAAAUGCAAAUUCUCAA